AUGGCCCAUCACCAUCAAAACGAACAAGUGGUGAAAACGAACAAGUGGGGAGCGACAGUAGUGUCGGAAUUUCUGGUAUAUGGCCCAUGGAAAAAUAUCUCGAGCUUCGCUUUUGACUUCCUGGACCCGCUAAACUCCGGUGUAGCUGUCACCUCAUCCCUUGUCCAAGACCGGCAGACAGACGAACUUCUCCCCGGAAAGUGCGAGGUCGCUCGCCAGAUUUACGAAAACAAAGUCACAAAACCGAAGACUAUUGAAACUACUACAGGGGAUGCUGGGAUGGAUGAGGAUCAAAUGGGACUCGGAGAUGAUGCGGAUGACGAAGAAGAAGAGAAAACGAUCGCCCAUCACGAAUUUAUGAAUACGACGGACCGCCUCCGAUAA